UUUAGAGACACCGUGUGUUCUGUUGUGCUUUUCCCAUGGACUCGCUUUGCCUUGCGGAGCUUGCGGAGCCCGCCUGUGAUCGAAGCAGACUGGUCUUUAACUAUGGCCAGUUGAAGCCCUGCGCCCUGGACUAUAUCAACGAGACGGUGGAUGGCUUGGUGAGGCAUAACCCACAGCUGGCAGAGGAACUCACCUGGAGAUGUUACCUUGGGCAGUCAUCCCUCCGUGGCCUAGCUCAUUGGAUGCUGCUGCUGCAGCCGGUGCAGGAGAAGGAGGUAGCAGUGCCUUUCAGUCAGAUGCGGAAUGCAACCAUUGAAAUGGCAGAUUCUAUGACGAGAUCAGUCGAUCCUGGCCAUUUCUUCUUGGCCAUCGAACUGUUGGUUGACGAGGACACGUUCUUCCCGAGGCUCUCUGUGAAGAUUCUAGACAUUGAUGGAGGCGAUGGAGGUCAACUUAUUCCUCUUAAUGAUUUAAACGCAUCCACGAUCCAUGCUGUGGCCUUUGCUGCAGUGGAGAGAGCAAAGAAAAUCAAGUCCUACGGACUCUUUGGUUCCAACUGCCAGCACUACAUACAGGACUUGGUGAAGCACUUGAAGCUGGACUCGGAACUGCCUACGGAUGACCACAAGAUCAUGGACUUCUUGAGGGCCAUCACAGUGACGGGCUGCUUAGGUGGUGCCAUCGCCAGGGGUGCUUUGGCCGUGGCUGCAGGUGCCAGCUGCAGCGUGGCCGUGGGCUCGUUGGCUGCAGGGUCCUUGGUGGCACUGGGUUUGUCUAAAGGCAUCAGCAGCGCGUACCACGCGGUGUACAGCCGGCAGCAUGAUGAUGCCAUGUGAGUUCUGCUUGGAAUUGAAAGGAUGCAGUUCUGCGACAGUUCUUCGUAAAUGGUUCUCGCAAUGGUGUCC